CAACACUGUGCAGGUCGCAGUUUCUUUUCACGUGUGCCGCGUUGUUGUUGAGCAGCAAGGUAGAACUCGGGCACAAUGAGGAUUGAAAAGUGUUAUUUCUGCUCAUCACCUAUAUAUCCGGGACACGGCAUUCAAUUUGUGCGAAAUGAUUGCAAGAUUUUCAGAUUCUGCAGAUCGAAAUGCCACAAGCUUUUCAAGAAGAAGCGCAACCCAAGGAAGACCAGAUGGACGAAGGCUUUCCGCAAGGCUGCUGGCAAAGAGCUGACAGUCGACCCAUCUUUUGAAUUCGAGAAGCGACGGAACAUUCCGAUUAAAUACAACAGGGAGCUCUGGCAGAACACCGUGAAAGCUAUCCAACGGGUCGAAGAAAUCAAGUCUAAAAGGCAGGGACAUUACGUCAUGAACAGGUUGAUGAAGGGCAAGGAGCUGGACAAACAGAGGGACAUCAAGGAGGUCCAGCGGGACCUUUGCCUCAUCAGAUCCCCAGCAGCUACGCUCAAGAAGAAAGAGCAGGCAAUUGUGGAAGUGAUAGAAGAGCAUUCAGACCAAGAGGAAAUGGCAGUGGAGUGAAGAGUGUGCAGGGAUGUUGUCUUUGUCGCAGCAUAUCCCGCUCACCUAUAGCAGUGCUUAAGCAGGCAGUGGUUUUUCUUGGACUCACCACCAGAAGCCAAGCCUAUGCUUCAUUGUAUUUACCAGAAAAAGAAAACAUUGGAAUGCUUCUUGAGUGCAUUUUGCGUUUGGUUGUGUUGCAUUUUCACUUGAAUGAUCCAAGCAUGCUUGAAAUGCAACCUUACCACUUGUCAGAGUGGUAACAAAACAAGGACUGUUCACCAAUUACUAAAUUUUGCCCACUAGCUUCGAACCUUAGUAAUGCUUCAAUGGGUGCUAGUUGGUUGAACAUCAUGGUUAGGUGUGCUGCUUUAUAGCGUAAUAAAAAACAGGUUAGCAACAAGGUGACACCUUGUUUAUGUAACCUUGUCGCUAACUUGUCAUCUGUUACGCUACAAAGCAGUGUGUCUAGCCACGAUGAACUAGUAACUUGGAACUAGCUUGGUUAAAAUGGCAUUACUCAAACCUAGUGUGUUGCUUUUGGAUGUUAAAUCCAGUCAAUUCAUUUCGAUUACUUUGCACUGUCUUCAUAUAUUUGCAGUAACAGAUUAUAUUGGUGCUGCCUGUAAACGAAGAACUUUGGCUCCUUAAUGGCUGAUAUGCAGCAGCUUUGAGAAUAUCUAGUGUUUCAUCUGUUUUUUGCAGCCUAUGCAGGGAUAAUAUUACUUGAAAAAAAUUCAAAACAAGUGUUUAAGGUUUAUUAGCAUUUUUCAGUACCAGCACAUGUCAUUGCAGCUUUGUGUUGAUCAUCCAGUGAUGAGCUGCUUAGAUAUUGUUACGAAGUAUAUUGCAGUGCUAUCAAAAAAAAAAAAAACUGCAAUUGAUGAGCAAGGCAUGUUUAUGCGGCCCUGAAACAGUGUCCGAUAUAUAUCCUUUUCUUUUUUACAAAGCAGAUUGCAUCCGCAGAAGUAGUACUUUCCCAUGUGGUGCCUUGCACAAUUUUGUGCAAAGUGAAGUAGUUAUUGGCUAGAUUCAUAAAAGAAUGUCCACUCUAAAUAAAGAAAAUAUAUUGAGAGAA